GGAAAAACCUAUGUGCCAACGGGAGAAGCAGGAAAACUCUGUUCACUGAUUCAGCUGUAUAAAAACGAUUAUCACAGACCUACAAAAGCCAUCCAAGAUGGAAAAUAUUUUACUGAUCUCAGCAAAGAAUCUGACAGUCUAGAACACCGAUUAAACAGUAAAAACAUUGACACUUUGAUGCACAAGUUAAGUGAAAAUGAAACCCAAAAUACUAAUCUCAGGAGAAAAAUACUUGAAAGGGAGAAACAUUUUAAAGGACUUUCAUCCAGGCUUCAGCUUGAAAAAGUCAAUGUACGGAAAGAAGACCACCUGUCAAGAUCAGUGAAGUCAGUAGAAGCUCACCUGCAAUGUCAGAUUCAAAGAAAAGAAGUGGAAAAUGAUGAAUUAAAAGUGAAAAUACAGACCUUACAAAAGAAAAUAGCAGAAUGGAAACUCCAAGUUGGUGAAUACAAACACCAGAUGUUAGCCUUAAGGAAAACAAGUGAGCAAAAGAAGACUGCUCUAAAAAAAGCAGUCAGGUCCCAGAAACAAAGAGCUGAAUGCUUUGAAGCAGCUGUGGAAGAUUUAACAUCCAGAAUAAGAGAACGUGAAGUCAAACUGUCUGAGAUGCUGUCUACUUCUGAUGUCUGGAAAAAGUGGUAUGAUAGAAUGGUUGAAGGAAAGACAACAUUAGAAAUUCAAACAGAAGAUCUUAAGAAGCAGAUCACAAGCCUUUUGGAAGACCCGAAAAGAAAGGAGGAAUGGAGAACAAACUCAGUUGCGGAAAUUCUUGGAAAGCUAAAUUCUGUUAACUCUGAAAAUGAAAAAAUUUACCUUGAAAAUGAAAAAUUAAAGGCUUCCCUUGCUAUAUUGGAAAACAGUACUGUUUCUGUUGAAAAUGAACUGCAGGAAAACCUUGUUGAACAGUAUAAAAAUCAGGUACAAAAAUUACAAACAGCAGUAGAAGAAUUGAAAUCCAGAUAUGAAACAGUCUUAAAUGAAAACAGAAUAACAGAAAACAAAUGCUUAGAAGUAGAUGAGGUGAGGGACAAAACAGAGGGUGAGUUAAAGGAGUUAGAACAUGUCUGUGACUUGCUUAAAGCCACAGAGGAAAAGCAGCAAGGAUAUCAGGAAAAGGUUGUGUUCUGGGAAAGGAUCCAUGCACAGAAAUGUAAAACCCUUAGGGAGCUGCAGGUUCAGGAGGAAGACAGUAUAACUUCCGUGGGCAUUCAUCGCUUAGAAGAGGAAAACUGUAACAUUCAGAAGAAAUAUGAAGAUCUUAAAAGGCAAUUAGAAAAGAUGGAAUUUCAAAAUGAAGAACUUGCUUGUCAGCUCAAAAAAGAAGAUGAGAGGCUUCAGUGCAGUAAAUUGCAGCUUGAAGAGAAAAUUGCAGAAUAUAACAGACUAACCAGACAACUGGACUCUGCUUUGGAAGAGGGGAGAAAAAUGGUAGCUGAAGAACUGCAAAAAAAUUCAUACAAAGAACAAGCCCUUCAGGCGAAAAUGCUUGUUCUUGAAACCGAAGUGAGAGAGGGACAAGAAGAGAAAAAACAACUCCUCUGCAUAUUUCACCAAAAUGAAAAGCACCAUGAAGUACAUUUGAAAGAGCUGGAGAACAGCUUACAGAAGUCAGAGAACAAGAACCAGAGCAUCCAGAAUUAUAUGCAGUUUUUGAAAGGUUCAUACAUAACAAUGUUUGGCUGA